AUGAAUGUAAACAUUCAAAUGUUGGAGCGAGGAUGUGAGGCUCGGACUUGUACAUAUGAAGAGUAUAACAAAUGUGGCUGGCUCUAUCCAUUUCCUGUAUGGGAUGCAGAUCCAGAAGUAUGCAAUUAUACAUUAUCUCAAAUCAACUGUGUAGAGAAAGUGAAUUAUGCCUGCAAAUCCAAUCCCUAUGGAUAUUCAUAUUCAUCGUUCUGGGGAACAAAGAAGUAUGGAAGUAAGGUUGUUCUUGCAAGAGGAAUUGAAACGUCCAUCACAUAUCAAGAACAAUUCAAAAUGUGGGGAUGUGUUGCACCGACAUGUUCAUAUUCAGAGAUAGACAAAUGUACCCAACUUGAGCGUGACUUACCAGUUCGAACAUCAAGUGAAAAAAGAUGCAAACAACUCUUAUCAGGCCAAAGCUGUCUACAUAAAAUAAAUGAGGACUGCAAAUCAAGUCCAUAUGCAACAAGUACCCUUCGUACAAAAGGAAACGAAACCUUGGAACUAAUCGGCAGAAAAUCCACAACUGGGGAUGUUUAA